AUGUCGGCUGCGCAUAUCCCCAACCUCAAUACUCUGCGGCGAGGUGGUGGAAGAGGCCGCGGACGAGGAAGGGCUGGCUAUCUCGGCACCGCGGGCGCUGGGGACAGCAGCUCAAGGGACAAGGUGGUGCGGCAAACAGACAGCGAUGCCAGCGUCUCGAGACUCAGCGCCGUCGAGCUGGGCUAUCUUCGCGAUCCUUUCGCCUCUAUCCUUGCGCCAGAGACAGCUGAGAUACGAAGAUAUCCCAUCAUUAACAGAGGAACGUAUGUGCGGACGACCUCGAUUGAUGCACUGGUUGCCCGGUUCCUCCAAACGGACGGAAAGAGGAAGGAGAAGAAGCAGAUAAUUUCACUCGGAGCUGGGUCGGAUACUCGAGUAUUCAGGCUGUUGUCCGAGAAUCCAGCGCUGGACCUAACGUACCAUGAACUCGACUUUGCGGAAAACACAGCCCCGAAGAUCGCGAAGAUCCUCUCCUCUCCACCUCUUCUGGACGCGCUUCGCAUAACAGACCGAGAAGAGGUGACUACGUCUCCCAAUGGUGAUGAAUUCCACUCGAAAUACUACCACCUUCACCCCAUAGAUCUGCGGACGCUCACAGCAUCGUCCAACGGCCCGAACCGCCUGAAACUGCGAGAUAUCGAUCCAGCCGCCCCAACGUUGUUGAUCUCAGAGUGUUGUCUCGUAUAUCUAUCUCCCGCUGACGCUGCGAACACCGUUUCAUAUUUCACGGAGCAUGUGUUCUCCUGCGAAGGCAGGCCAACCACGCCCCUUGCACUGAUAAUAUAUGAGCCCAUCAGACCGGACGAUCCGUUUGGCAAGACAAUGGUGAGCAAUCUGGCUGCUCGCGGGAUUCAGCUGCAGACGCUCCAUCGUUAUGCGACAUUGGAAGCUCAGAGAGAGCGAUUGCAGGGUCAUGGCUUCUCGAGCGGCCAGGGGGCCGCUGAUAUCGAUUUCAUAUGGGAGAGAUGGAUCGGAGAGGACGAGAAAAACCGAGUUGCGGGAGUUGAGAUGCUGGACGAGGUCGAGGAGUGGCAGCUGCUCGCAAGGCAUUACUGCGUUGCUUGGGGAUGGCGAGACGGCACGCCAUCAGCCGGAGAGGAAGAAACGCUUCCGACUGGCGAGUCCUUUCAUGGCUGGCGAGAGUUUCCAUCACAAUAA